AUGAGCUUGAGCGAAUUUGCCGAAGCGCAAAAACCGUAUUACACUGUGCAACCUCGGGUCAAGAGAAGGAAAGUCUCGUGUAGAAAGGGCACUGACCCAUUCGUAAAACUUCUGUCCGGGGAAGAGACAAUGGACAUGGUAAACAAGAGGUGGACUCUAUACCAUCAGCUUCACUCUCAGUUUUAUGCACAAGUUGACGAAAUUGUCCAGAGAAUCGAGCGCGAUAUGCGCCGUGAAAUUUCCAACGUUUUAGUGAACGGGUCGAAAACUUGUUCAUCGCCUUCUUUCAAUUGCCUUUUUCUCUUGGGCUCUGACAGUACGACGAACAUAGAAUUGCUGGAUCAGGAUGCCCAUACGAUGAAUGUGAUCAUAGAUCUAAAACCAAAAGAGUCGCCAAACGUCCGAAUGAUGCUGAGGAGGUCCAUGUUCAAACUGCUGAGUGCCGCCGAGGCCUCCCAAGCAGGGCAAGCCAAUCUCAAUUCAAAAUCGAAGAGUACCGAAGAAGAAAAUAGAAAUACGGAUAAUGAGCUUGACGAAUUUGAGUCGACUGCGAACGUCGGGGUCUCCUAUGAUCUGUCCUUAGUACAAAACUUCAAGAAGGUAUUCAAAAAGAACUUGAAGCUUGUGUUUAACUUCAAAGACGUUGAUUCUUUCAAUUCUCAGGUGCUGGAUGACUUCAUCAACCUUCUCAAAUCGUCUCUCGAGCACGAUUCUGUUGAUAUAUGCUUAGUGCUGAAUAUCAAUACAAACUUGUCGAACAUUCAGAAAAACCUAAAACAGUCGACCGUUCGUUCAUUGAAGAAGAACUUCACCAUUAUUGACCUCAGCCAUAACAAAGGGUUCAAAUAUGCCAAUCAGACGUUUCAGAGCUUUUUGAACACCGUCGAAGGUAAGCUGAAUCUAUCAUCUGACUUUGUUGGUUUCAUUCUGGAAAAGAUGGCGAAUAAUGCCACGCAUAACCUUCAACUACUUACCAAGAUUUUGGAUUACUCGCUGAUGUCGUAUUUUUUCCAGAAUCCUUUUUCAGUCUUCAUAGAUCCCACCAAUGUCACGUAUCUUGAUGACAAUUACCUACCUCCACUAAUCAAGUGUCCCACAUUCAUGAGUUUCAUUGACGGUAUGGUACGAGACCAGGCACCAUCUGACGAGAUUAUUAGACUGCUUGAGAAUCAAGACUCGAGUUUGAAAGAGUUUUUUGCUGAGUUUCUCAUCAGGGAAAACCCAAUCAAUGACCACUUGAAGCUUGUAGUCGAAGUGCUCGAGAAUCAACUAGGAGUUUUCAACUAUAACCUGAUUGAUUUGUACCAUCAUAUGCUUACUGGAAAACUAUCAGAGUUCCUGGCGAAAUGGCCGGCCAGCCAAGAGUUCGAUGAUAUCCUCAAAUUCAAACUUGUCGAUAUAAUAUUCCAGGAGUUGUUUACGCUCGACAACAGCAAGGAACUUUUCUCACAGUCGCUUUUUCCUUAUUUGCGCUCUAACCUUGAGGACAAUCUUAUCAACUCUGAUAGGAUACUGCCGCCAGCUGUGAAACGGCAGCACAAGGCAAGCCCUUUCAAUGAAGACUUUGAAGCAACGAUAGACCUACCUCUCUGCAAACUUUUCAGUCUUUACAGGGAAGCGAGCUCGCUCAUAAACCUCUACGAUUUUUAUUGUGCUUUCAAAGAAACAGUGUGUGAGAAAACCCUCCUGAACUAUGUAAAGAGCGCGAUCGAUUCUGCAGAUUCAAGAUUCAAAGAAGAAGAGCGGACACAAGUCAAGAAUUUGGUGAAGAAUCAAGGUCUCGAUGUCGUUGUUGAGAAAAUGAUAUUAGUCUGGUUCAUUCAGUCUGUAUCCGAGUUUCAGCAGAUUGGUUUGCUGAAAGGGACAAACAAUACUUCUUGCGAAGUUGUCGAGAAGUGCAUAUGGAGGGGAUUGUGA